CCAGACUCACUUUUCCACAUCACUUCACAGUUACAUUUGGCAGGCAGGCGGGCUCGCACGCCGGAGCGGUCAGCCCAGAAUUCGUGAAUCUAUUUGGAAUCUCCCUGCUUCCUCGAAGCUCAUCCCUGUCGCCGGUUUGUGCACGGACAGUAGCGUCCACCCAGCGAAGCCGCACUUUGGCCUGCGGACACUCAGGGCCCGGCGCGCCCGCCCGGCGUCUCCGCACCAAGUCCCGAAGCUCCGAGAGGCAUGAACGCGAUCUGGAGGCGCCUGCCCAGCGCGCGGGGACCGCUCGGUGUUCACCGCCCUCGGGAGCCGACCUCGAGCCCCUCCAGCCAUUUGUGAACCAAGAGGCUUGAAAUUCGCCGGUGCGGAGCCCCGCAAGAGAGAUUUCAUUGAGAAGGGAAGCCAGUGGAUCGUGGUCUUAGAAAAGCUGCUUAGAUGAUGUCUGUUUCCUGUGCUGUAAACACGUGGCAGAGCUGUGAGUAAAUGCUCGGCACUGCAUGAUGAAUUGGAUGGCUGCAGACCAGAGGCAAACAAAAUAAUUGUCUCAUUUUCGUGGUGAUUUGCUUAACUGGGGGGACCAUGCCAGAACGGCUAGCGGAAAUGCUGUUGGAUCUCUGGACUCCAUUAAUAAUAUUAUGGAUUACUCUUCCCCCUUGCAUUUACACGGCUCCGAUGAAUCAGUCUCCAGUUUUAAUGAGUGGAUCCCCUUUGGAACUAAACAGGCUGAAUGAAGAACAGCGGAUUUUGAACCGUUCCAAGAGAGGCUGGGUUUGGAAUCAAAUGUUCGUCCUGGAAGAGUUUUCUGGACCUGAACCGAUCCUUGUUGGCCGGUUACAUACAGACCUGGAUCCUGGGAGCAAAAAAAUCAAAUAUAUCCUAUCAGGCGAUGGAGCUGGGACCAUCUUUCAAAUAAAUGACAUAACAGGAGAUAUCCAUGCUAUAAAAAGACUUGACCGAGAGGAAAAAGCUGAGUACACCCUAACAGCUCAGGCAGUGGACUGGGAGACAAAUAAGCCUCUUGAGCCUCCUUCUGAAUUUAUUAUCAAAGUUCAAGACAUCAACGACAAUGCACCAGAGUUUCUCAACGGACCCUAUCAUGCUACCGUGCCAGAGAUGUCCAUUUUGGGUACGUCUGUCACUAAUGUAACAGCUACUGAUGCUGAUGACCCAGUUUAUGGAAACAGUGCGAAGUUGGUUUAUAGUAUCUUGGAAGGGCAACCUUAUUUUUCCAUUGAGCCUGAAACAGCAAUUAUAAAAACUGCCCUUCCCAAUAUGGAUAGAGAAGCCAAGGAGGAGUACGUGGUUGUUAUCCAAGCCAAAGAUAUGGGUGGACACUCAGGCGGCCUGUCUGGAACCACAACACUUACAGUGACCCUCACCGACGUGAAUGACAAUCCUCCAAAAUUUGCCCAGAGUCUGUAUCACUUCUCAGUACCGGAAGAUGUGGUUCUUGGCACUGCCAUAGGGAGGGUGAAGGCCAAUGAUCAGGAUAUUGGUGAAAAUGCACAGUCGUCAUAUGACAUCAUUGACGGAGAUGGAACAGCACUCUUUGAAAUCACUUCUGAUGCCCAGGCCCAGGAUGGCAUUAUAAGACUGAGAAAGCCUCUGGAUUUUGAGACCAAAAAAUCCUAUACGCUGAAGGUAGAGGCAGCCAAUGUCCACACUGACCCGCGUUUCAGCAGCAGGGGGCCCUUUAAAGACACGGCGACAGUCAAAAUUGUUGUCGAAGAUGCAGAUGAGCCUCCAGUCUUCUCUUCACCGACUUACCUCCUCGAAGUUCAUGAAAAUGCUGCUCUCAACUCCGUGAUUGGGCAAGUGACUGCUCGUGACCCCGACAUCACGUCCAGUCCUAUAAGGUUUUCCAUCGACCGGCACACCGACCUGGAGAGACAGUUCAACGUUAAUGCAGAUGAUGGGAAGAUAACGCUUGCAACACCGCUUGACAGGGAAUUAAGCGUGUGGCACAACAUAACAAUCAUUGCUACCGAAAUCAGGAACCACAGUCAGAUAUCCCGAGUACCUGUUGCUAUUAAAGUGCUGGAUGUCAAUGACAACGCCCCUGAAUUCGCAUCCGAAUAUGAGGCAUUUUUAUGUGAAAAUGGAAAACCCGGCCAAGUCAUUCAAACAGUGAGUGCCAUGGACAAAGAUGAUCCCAAAAACGGACAUUAUUUCUUAUACAGUCUUCUUCCAGAAAUGGUCAACAAUCCGAAUUUUACCAUCAAGAAAAAUGAAGAUAAUUCCCUCAGCAUUUUGGCAAAGCAUAAUGGAUUCAACCGCCAGAAGCAAGAAGUCUAUCUUUUACCAAUCAUAAUCAGUGAUAGUGGGAAUCCUCCUCUGAGCAGCACCAGUACCCUGACCAUCCGGGUCUGUGGCUGCAGCAGUGAUGGUGUUGUCCAGUCUUGUAAUGUUGAAGCUUAUGUACUUCCGAUUGGACUCAGUAUGGGCGCCUUAAUUGCCAUAUUAGCAUGCAUCAUUUUGCUGCUAGUCAUCGUGGUGCUGUUUGUAACUCUGCGGCGACAUAAAAACGAGCCAUUAAUUAUCAAAGAUGAUGAAGAUGUGCGAGAAAACAUCAUUCGCUACGAUGACGAAGGAGGAGGGGAAGAAGACACGGAGGCUUUUGACAUUGCAACUUUACAAAACCCAGAUGGAAUUAACGGAUUUUUACCCCGUAAAGAUAUUAAACCAGAUUUGCAGUUUAUGCCAAGGCAAGGGCUGGCUCCAGUUCCGAGCGGUGUUGAUGUGGAUGAAUUUAUAAAUGUGCGGCUACACGAGGCAGAUAACGACCCCACAGCCCCACCGUAUGACUCCAUUCAGAUUUAUGGCUAUGAAGGCCGAGGGUCCGUGGCUGGCUCCCUCAGCUCCUUGGAAUCCACCACCUCAGACUCGGAUCAGAACUUUGACUACCUCAGUGACUGGGGUCCCCGCUUUAAGAGACUGGGCGAACUCUACUCUGUCGGUGAAAGUGACAAAGAAACUUGACAGUGGAUUAUGAAUAAAUCAGUGGGAACUGAGCAUUCUGUAAUAUUCUAGGGUCACUCCCCUUAGAUACAACCAAUGUGGCAAUUUGUUUUAGAGGCAAGUUUAGCACCAAUCAUCUAUAAACUCAACUACAUUUUAAUGUUGAACCAAAAAAGUAAUAAUAAAAAUAAAAAAGUAUAUGUUAGGAGGUUAUAAAUCUUGUGGAGUGUGAAUUAAAGUAUGUGGAGUGUCUAGAAGUCUUUGGAUAUUUGAUAUUUACCUGACCACCACAAAGAUUGGGAUCCUGGCUCGUCCUUAAGAGAAAUGGUUUAAAAGGAGGAAAAAUUCAAACUUAAAAAGGUGCUUUUUAGAAAAAUGGACCUGCAAGAAAUUUGCUACUGAUAUGUGUCUUCUGCAAGGAUUUUUAUAAAUGCAAAUGGUUUUUUCCCCUUCACCAAUAAGGAUCCCACCACAAAUGAUAAAGCAAUACUUGGUCUGCUGUACACUCUGACUUUUUGGAGUUUUGGGAGGCCUCCUAGAUUAUACGGUACGGUGACCACACCUUGUACAUAAUUGCUGGCCCCAUUCAUCAGAGACUGAAUAGCAUCUUUAAAUAUUGUGUCGAGCCUUAAAAUAUUCACAUGUUUGUAAUCCAUUCCACAGGGUGGGGAUUGCCAAAUCAAUAGUGGGAGGAGAGAAAUCCCAUUCAAACAGGCUUGUUCUCUGGAAGCAGGAUUACUCAUUCCCCCUGGUUCAUCUUCUCCCACAAGGACACAAAGAUAAACUGUGUCACACAGUGGACUACAUAAGAGACAGGUGAUUUUAUUGCUAGCGCGUGAAUUUAUUUGUUUAAUCCUCGAAAUAAAUAUUUUAUUGAUGUCCAUUAAUGCUUUUAUUUAUUAAGGUUGGUAAUCUAUAGA